UUCAUCACUCUAUAUUUAUUAUUUUUGGUCGCCGGAGUUUGACACGAGCAGGGAUAAUAAUGUUUUAAUAUUUUUAUCAAUGAUUUGGAACUUAUUUUCAUGAUUUUUGUUAAAGAGGAGCUUUCUUUUAUUUACUUGCGUUAAGUUGUAAGAAAACAUGGAAUUAGCACAUUCCUUGCUUUUAAAUGAAGAAGCGCUGUCAAAAAUCCCAGACAACAAGAAACCAGUGUUUGUAUUUGAAUGGCUGAGAUUUCUUGACAAAGUUCUUGUUGCAGCUCAAAAGUCUGAUAUUAAAGAAAAACAGAAACAAUUGGUAGCUCAGCUCACCUCACAGAUCAGCGAGUCCCCUGGUCCUCCCACCAGGAAGCUUUUGGCCCGCAAUCUUGCCACAAUAUUUAGUGUCGGAGACACAUUUGACUUAUUUGAAACACUGAACAAGUGUAAUGAUAUCAUCAAGAAUCGUGAUGAUUCUCCAAGCUACUUACCCACAAGAUUGGCAGCUAUUGCUUGUUUGGGAGCUAUGUAUGAAAAGCUUGGAAGAAUGACAGGCAGAUCUUAUGAGGAGACAGUCCAGAUUUUGAUCAAGUCACUAAAGAAUGCAGAGUCUCAAGGUCGUACCGAGAUCAUGUCAACCCUGGAGAAGGUCAUUAAGGGGCUGGGGUCGGCAGGGAACAGCACUUACAAGGACGUGUACAAGGCCACCAAGCAGUGUAUGACAGACCGGUCCAUGGUGGUCCGAUUUGCCGCCGCCAAGUGCAUGUCCCAACUAGUAAAUGAGGCCCCAUUUAUGUACACCAGUGAGCUGGAGACAGUUAGUUCCCUUUGUUUCCGAGCCCUAGAUGGCUCCAACUAUGAUGUCCGAUGUGCAGUGGCAAAGCUCCUGGGAAAUCUAAUGUCAACCACCCAGAGCCCAAAGGCCGUAAACACAGGAACUAUAUCUAGGUUGAGUUUUGGAGCCAAGUGGAAGCAGCCCAAGCUAGAUGAUUGUUUGAACCUGUUGUCUGUGGGUUUCCUGAAGGGAGGGAUCGGGAGUGGCAACAUCAAUCGUGAGAUCCGCGUCGGGGUCACUCACGCCUAUAUUGAGUUUGUGAAGUCCAUGGGGGGUCUAUGGCUGGAGAGAAACAUCUCAGUGUUUCUGAACCACAUCCUCGAUUUGGUGGCUAACCCCAAGGCCACACCCACCCACGUGGAUGCGGUGUAUGCCAGGAAGUGUAUACUGUUCAUCAUCAGGUCAGCCAUAGGGGGACUACUGGGGGAGAAGGCACAGAUCGCAGCAGCCAAGGAGAUCUCACAAGUCAUUGUUAAACAGAUGAACAUUGUUGGUGAAGCUACAGCAGAGUCUGAUGGAAGACCUUCCAAUUCCGAUAUUGUAGGGAGCCAGCAUGUUUUGGUGUGUGCCCUGCAUGAACUGGGCAGCCUGGUGCUGAGGUUGGGAACCUCGGCCAGUCCACUGGUAGCUGAACCAGCCACAGGUAUCAUUGAGCCUGUGGUUUCUGUGCUCAUUCAUCCGAGUCAUGCAGCUCGUCUGGCAGCCUCCUGGUGUCUGGGGAGUAUCUCCCGGGCCCUACCCUCCCAGCUGACCCCUCUGAUGGACAGGUGUGUUGAGAGGAUGGACAAAUUGAAGACCUCCCCAGAGGCUGUGUCAGGGUAUAGCAGUGCCCUUGCUGCCCUCCUUGGAGGAGUCUAUCAGUGUCCUCUUGGCAUUCCUCAUGCUAAGGGCAAGCAACUGUUCAACCUAUCUGAGGAGCUGUUAAGGACUGCUUCUCAGAACAGUCGCCUGUCCUUACAGAGGACCCAGUCUGGCUGGCUUCUCCUUGGAUCUCUGAUGACUUUAGGGCCAGCUGUUGUGAAGAAUCACUUACCAAGGAUGUUGCUGUUGUGGAAGAAUGCAUUCCCCAGAUCUGUCAAGGAGUUGGAUGCAGAAAAACAGAGAGGGGAUUCCUUCACCUGGCAGGUGACACUUGAGGCUCGAUCAGGGGCCCUGGGAGCCAUGAACAGUUUUCUGCUCCACUGCCGGGACCUUGUAACCGAAGACGUCAUCCGUCGUCUACUGGCUCCACUCAAAUGUGCUCUUCUCAUGUUUACACAAUUACCCUGGGUGAUAAAACAGUACGGGACUCAUCUGAAGGCGAGUGCGGCCAUGGUGAGACUGAGACUGUAUGAUGUCCUCUCACAGCUACCCCCAGAAUCCUUUGAAGGAACAUACACUGACUUGUUGAGAGAGCUAGUGGCCGAGUUUACACUGACAGACAACCCCGCCAAUACCACCACCUCCCUGCUGAGGGCCAUGUGUCACGUGGACGACAGCGUAAUCCUGGGAUCCUGGCUCCAGGAGACGGACCACAAAGCCAUCGAAGAUCAGUUCGAACCCAAUCGUAAAGUUGAUAAAGAGGUACUACAGCCGAACAGUGCCUCGGGGUCAGGAGCCUUGGAACAUGACUCACAGUCCUUGUUUGCCAGAUGCCCUGCGAGUGAACCUAUUCCGGGGCCCCUCCCAUUGGGCGUGGCUGUAAUUGACAGCUCAGUCCGACUGUACGGAUUGGUGUUCCCUCGUGUGGCACACAAACACAGGCUUCAGAUGCUGCAGCAUUUCAUCGAGUGUAUCAAGCAGGCCAAGUCUGUCAGACAGCAGGCUGUACAGAUGAACAUCUUCACCUCCGUUCUCUGUGCUUUAAAGAAUUUAGCAGAUGCCAAAGAAAGUCUUGGACCUGACGAAGUUAAAAAAUCAGCAUUUAAUCUCAUCAUGGGUGCAUUGAGCAGCACUAACCCCAUUCUCCGCUGUGCAGCAGGAGAGGCCCUGGGACGGAUGACCCAAGUUGUGGGGGACAGUCGAUUCAUAGCAGACAUGGCCCAGUACAGUUUUAACAGCCUGAAGUCGGCUAGAGAUGUGAUCAACAGAACAGGCCACUCCCUGGCCCUAGGUUGUCUACAUCGGUAUGUGGGAGGGAUGGGGUCUGGACAACACCUGAACACCAGUGUCAGCAUCCUACUGGCUCUGGCCCAGGACUCAAACUCACCUGUUGUACAGGUGUGGGCACUGCAUGCCCUGGGGCUGAUCGCCGACUCAGGAGGUCCAAUGUUCAGGAGCUACGUGGAACCCACUCUAUCCCUGGUUCUACAGCUGUUGCUCUCUGUCCCUCCCUCCACUGUGGAUGUCCACCAGUGUCUGGGGAAGUGUCUGUCCGCCCUCAUCACAUCACUGGGACCUGAGUUACAAGGUAACAGUAGUGCUAUAGCCACAGCCAGGAUGUACUGUCUGGUUUGCUGUGCCAUCAUGCAGGACCACCCCGACUCCCUGGUCCAGGCAGAGGCCAUCACCUGUCUGCAGCAGCUCCACAUGUUUGCCCCCCGCCAUGUCAAUCUCACCUCACUGGUACCUCAUCUCUGUGCCACUUUAGCUAGUUCCCACCUCCUCCUCCGUCGGGCAGCAGUAGGGUGCCUACGACAGUUAGUGACCCGUGAAGCAGGAGAGGUCAGUGACCAGGCCUUGACCCUGGCUGGGGACGGCACUAACGAGGACUCCAUAGUAACAGAGACCGGGCUGGAGGGUCUGUUGUUUGGGAUGAUGGACACAGAGACAGACGGAAAGCUGAUCUCUGAUGUCCAGGACACACUCGUAAGUCUGCUACAGUCACUGGCCACGCAGAACCUUACAAGAUGGCUGCUUCUACUUAAGGGGGUCCUUUCUGCGUCUACAGACUCUGGCAGCACUGGGCCGUUAGAGAGUGGUCUCCAAGACAACAAGGACAAGGAUGAUGAUGAUGAAGAGGAAGACGCAGAGCUGGAGUUCAAGGCCAACCAGCCAGAUGUCACCCACCCCACUGUGGCUCCCAGGUGGCCGACAAGAGUGUUUGCUACAGAGUGUCUGCAGAAAAUUCUGGUGGCUUGUGAAGGAGUGCAGGCAAACUUUGAUCUGGAACUUGCCAGGGAAAUUAAAAUGAAAACUAGUAACGAGAAUCUACUUGUGUUACAUCUGUCAGAGCUUGUUAGAAUGGCAUUUAUUGCAGCGACUUCUGACAGCAAUCAGCUCCGCUUGGCUGGGUUGUCAGCUUUGCAGGACAUCAUCACCAAAUUUGCCACUGUUCCUGAGCCAGAAUUUCCAGGUCAUGUGAUUCUUGAACAAUUCCAGGCACAGGUCAGUGCCGCUCUCCGUCCAGCUUUCUCACCAGACACAUCCUCCGAUGUAACAGCUGCUGCCUGUGAUGUUUGCAGUACAUGGAUUGGAAGUGGAGUUGCCCGUGACCUCAAUGAUCUUCGCCGAGUCCAUCAAUUGUUGGUGUCUUCUCUAGCAAAACUAAAUGCUGGGAAAUCUCAGUCUCCAUUGUACAAUGAAAGUGCUGUCACCAUGGAAAAGCUGGCUGUACUAGGAGCUUGGGCAGAGGUGUACAUUGUGGCAGUGGAGAGGGAGCAUGAGAAGGAGACCAAGCCCCUGAGAGAGGAGGAUGACUAUGGGGAGAGCUCCAGGGAGAGUCUGCUGUCCCUGGUCCAGCCAGAACUUCCCACCCUCAGUCAGAACUGGCUGGGGGCCCUCAGAGACUACGCCUAUCUCUCACUGCCCACAGAAUAUUCUAGUCAGCUCCCAUCAGAUGGGGGAACUUUCUACCACCCAGACACAGUAGACAAUGCCAAGCCCCACUACAAGAAGCGCUGGACCCCCAUCCUCCACGCCCUGGCCAUCUGGCUCCACGAAACGGGGUUCUCCGUGGGGGAAAUGAAUAAAGAGAGCGACAAGAAUUCCACCGUUCCAGCCAACGCUCCUGCCAACAUGAAGAGGGAGGAAAUAAACUCUGACCGAUUCUAUCUUAUACUAGGUAUCUGUGUGGAGGCUUUGUCCAACCCUCAGACUGUUCUUACAACACAUGCUGUCAAUGGAAUUCUAAAGGCCCUCUGUGCAGUCCUUACUUCUGAGUGGCCAAAACAGCAAAUUGGAGUGGAUCCAAUUCUAUCUAAAGAAGUUUUGAAUGUGAUGCACAGAGUGUUCCUAACUCAGGAGAGUGUAUACACGCAGUUGCUGGCUGUUGAAGUGGUGAAGGCUGUGCUGUUAGCUGGUAAAGACUGCCUACAGCAGGACAGAAUAAAGAUCAAAGAAAAGGAGAUGGAGGCUUCCACCAGUAGUUCUGAGUCAAUGGACAUCUCGGAGAGUAGCUCCCUGGGGGAUGGGGGAGAGGAGGGGGACAUCAUUCCAGAGAAGUCUGUGGUCUACGCUGCGCUGGAGGUGUGCCUGUGUGUGAUAUCCAGACAGAUCCCCGCCCUGAACCCCUCGGCCCCCAGCACUGGGUUCCAGGUCCCCACCCGCCUCACUAAAAUAUCCGACGAGAACUGUUCACUGGUCGCCUCCAUUGUACUCAUACUGGCAGAUCUUCCAAACUUGUGUUCUAAAAAUGGAUCUACUUCCAUACUUCCUACUAUUCUGUUCCUGAUCACUGGAGUUUUACGGGAAAUGUCAAACAAAGGGGCAGAGAGAAAGUCCCCCGUGGUGGUACAGGGCUGUCUGACCGCCCUUCGUACGCUCUGCUCCUCCCCCUUCCUGGACGAUGAAGAUGUGGGAAACAAAUGGAGGGAGCUUCUGAAGAGUGCUCUGAUCACUGUGCUGCAAAAUGCCAAGCCAAGUGAUGACAAACCAGCAAUGGAUGAGGUGACUUUACUUGCCACAAUAACGAUGUUCCUGGUCUGGGGGCCCGAUGAAAUAGCCCAGACCCCCGCCAUUCAGACCCAGUGUGUGGUGGUGUUCAAAGAUUGUUGGGGGUCCAAGAACCCAGAGGUCCAAAUGAAGUGUUUACAGAUGUUCACAUCAGUGAUACAAAAACUGGACAAGAAGAAGGCGACUCCAUACAUACGAGGAGUGGCUGCCAAGUUUCUAGAAUAUUUACUCAUAUUAAAGGACGACAAGUCUGGACUGGAUUCCCAGCAUGCUCUUGUGACGGCCUCGCUGAACUUUGCCGAAGUCCUGGUCGACAAAGCAGAAGAAGAUAAAAGGUUAACUCUACUCUCAUUAUUACUACCAGUUUUAGUUUCAUUUCUGGAAGACGAAAAUAAAUACGCAAGUGUGUCGAAAACUACACAAGCAAUACAUGAUGAUUGUUUAAAUAGACUGGUGAAAAUUGGACCUAUGUAUCCAGAACAAUUUAAGACCAUAAUGACUUCAAAUGCUGAUCUCAAAGUAAAGUUGGGACUGGCAAUUAAACACAGUCAAACAGUAGCAUCUUCCCAGAAGAAGACAGAGAUGGCUGCAAACCGACAAAAACUUAACCAACCUGCCAAACCUACCAUAGCCUUGAAAACAAAUUUUGGAAACUUUGCUGCGAGCUGACAUUGUUUUGUAUCGUUGUUGAUCAAGCUGUGAUAGUGCAAUUUUUUAUAGGAAUCCAAAAAUUUCCAGUUUUUGGGAUCCGUUUGUUAUCUUGUGUGCUUAAGGGAGAGAGAGAAUGCAUGAUAGAUUUUCUGAUUGUGUGUAAAUAUUGUUGAAUGUUUGGGGUUUGUAAAACCUGUAUUUUUAUUUGCCUAAUUAUGGCAGAGUAUUAGGGUUGAAGAUAAACCCUAGUCAAAUUGUAUCCCACUGGAACAAUGAACAAGAGUCUUAUUUACUUCACAGACUUUGAGAACAAUUUUUAUUUUUUUUUUUUUGGUUCAAAGCUAUCUGAGCUAGUUUGAUGUGUUAUAUGAUAGGGAAAAAUCUUUAAUGUCUGAUGUCCAUGAGAUGUUGUGUAAAAAUACAGAUGAAACUAUCCCAAUGUAUUCCUCAUUGAUUUAUAAAAGAAAUGCAAUACAUGUAUUGGUAUUUCUGAUUAAGUACUUAAUCAAUCAUGUAUUAACAUAGUUUGUAUCCAAGAUAAAAUCAACAACUUCAAAUGAUGUAUUUGAAGAUUUAUUUUGAAUUUCUUUAUACAUAUUUAAAAUCCAUUCCUCCAUUAUGAACAAGUAUUUAUAACUGUCAGUUGAUCAUGCAUAUAGGGUUAAUAUAUGUAUAUUCUUGUAAGUUGAGAAAGCAUUGUAAACUGUUUUUAAUUUUAAAUAAAAUGAUAUGGAAUAUCACAGAAAUGAA